AGGUAAACAAAAGACAUACAUAGAGGUAGUAUGAAAGAAACAUUAUUUCGAUUCUCGCACGCGGUGUGGGACGAUAGGCGCUGACAUGGAUGCGCUUGAUAUUUGGAUGAUGGAAUCAAUUAAAUUAUACAAGGAACUGCUAAUGUUUAACCUUCAACAACCAACUUCAGUUAUAGAGUGGAUGCAGGAUGAUGCAAUAUGUGUUGCCGGCAGCAGUGGUACAUCACAGAAUGAGAUCUUGGAAUUGGGGUUACCAGGGAAACUUCUUGUGGAUCCUGAUGCAGGGGGGAUCCAUAAGGAUCGCGACUUUGAUGUCAGAUGUGGUGGUUUCUGUGACCAUGCUAUUCAGUGUUUACAAGCGUUUCCAGGUGAAAGGCUUGUUGCUACAUCAGCUGUUCAAGCGUCAAAGGUCACUAUUUCAAUGGUAGGUCAAGCAAACUCCGACCUCAUUCAAGAAGUUUCUACUAUAAAUCUGAAAUCAUGCGAAUCGACCAAUAGGCUUUCAAUGGACCGUAGACCUCACCACAAGGCUCACCUAGCAUUUGCCAGAUCGUGCUCUAGUUUACGCAUUACUGAUGUUAUUUCUCAGGAUUCAAUUUAUGAAACAGAUGGAAGCAGUGAAGAGUUGUGCGGUGUUAAAUUCCUGGAUAGCAACAGUCUGAUCCUUUCCACAAAUACAACAGGAUCUUUUCAAACUGUAGAUGUUCGCGAGAAAUCGCAUACGACAGGCGCUCAAAACCAAAAUGGCGAAAAUAAAAUGAGUAUUGGGUACAGUUGUGAUAAACCUGGUACAGGGAAUAUGGCUGAAGAAUCAAGACCAGCAGGACAACUAAAAGUAGACAGUAACAGCAGUUCAGCACAUUGCGUGACCCCUGGAAAUUGCAUGACCCCAAGAAUUGAUGUAUUUAAAGACAGGGAUAUAGCUUCAACUGGACAGCAGCCAAACAGUCUGAAUUUUAUAUUUGAUGUAGCACCGGGUGGUUCUGCUGGCAGUGACCACCCUAUUGUCCAGUUACAUGCUAGUGGUCAAUUGAAUCUACUGGACUUAAGGAACUUAACCAAGCCUUGUAAGUCUUGGAAACUUGGUGUAUUAUCAGGAAGUUCUCCUUACCUUAAAGUGAAGUUUGAGCCAAAUCAGUCUGAUGUAAUAUCAAUUUCAGGCUUCAACAAUCGGGUUUAUAUAUUUGAUUUGAAAAAUGCUGCAACUUCUACGGAUCUCAAACCUGUGUUUGUACAUGAUGGCCAUAUGAACUCUGAACUUGUUUUAUCACACACCUGGCACCCCACUGUUAGGGAUCUUGUUCUGUCAUCAGAUAAUGAGGGUUCACUUCAUGCUUGGAAAUGGAACAGAAAUUAUGUUUUAAAGUGAUGAGAAUUAUUUCUGUUUAUAGACCUACAUAUUAACCAUUCAAUGCUUAAUGGUGCUUAUAUAUUAAAAAAACAACAGAAAGAGGAUAAAACUAGAAUAUGGUUGGUUGAAAACAAGAAAAUAUUUAUUGUUUUCUUAAUGCCUUGAAGAGAAGUAACUCAUGAACAUUUGAUGUUGAAGUUCUGGACUGUGUGACUGGCAACUGAAAAUUACUUCUGUCAGAUGUCGGGAACAAUAGGCAUAAUGACACGGGUCUUGGUUUUGAGAAGAGGUGGAGCAUAUGACCCAAAUUGUGGAGUAUGGGGUAUUUAACGUAUGACACAAAUCUUUAAUGACUGUCUGAAUUCAAUAAUUUUGAAUUGCUUUGUAGAUUUUAGUAAGUUAUCAGCUUUCAGUUGCAAAUACAAAGAACUGUUGGCAAGUAACAGAUGCAUAAUAAUAGAGUGUAUUCGAAACCCAGUUUGUUGGGUCCACUUUGCUGAAACCCAGUUUGCCGAAUACCAGUUCACCGAUCUAUAGACUGGGUUCCAUGGUUUUUGACUUGGCAAAUUGGGUUUCAGCAAUCUGACCUAGAUCCUAAUAGAGAACUAUAUUCUGUGUAUAGACCAUUCAUUGGCUGGUAUGAAUUUUUAAGAAUUUUCGUAUUAAAAUCUGUAUAAAUUGAA